CGCAAACGGUGACUUACUCUCGUAACACGCUAGUUGACCGUUACGCUCUUUCCUAUUGUAGAGCCGCGGAGUUUGAUAUCUACAUAAAGAAUCUCUGGUUUCACGAUCAAGCUGCCGAAUAGCACAUCCGGGUGAACAGAGGUCUUGUGGAGGGUUGCUUAACAGAAACAUGUUAUUGCGAUGGGUCUUACAAGGUGGUGUUUCUGCACUCAAAGGACGUCGGUGCAUUCACCAGAGUGCGCCAUGGAGAAGUCUACUUAUACCUAUCGUGGUGGAGCAGACGGGGCGAGGAGAGCGUGCCUAUGAUAUCUACUCAAGGCUACUUAGAGAGAGAAUCAUCUGUGUGAUGGGCCCAAUUGAUGACUCUGUGGCCUCUCUGGUUAUCGCUCAGCUGCUCUUCCUCCAGUCAGAGAGCAAUAACAAGCCUAUUCACAUGUACAUCAACAGUCCUGGUGGUGUAGUUACAGCUGGACUUGCGAUCUAUGACACCAUGCAGUACAUCUUAAAUCCCAUUUCUACCUGGUGUGUGGGCCAGGCUGCCAGUAUGGGCAGCCUGCUUUUGGCUGCAGGAACUGGAGGAAUGAGGCAUUCUUUGCCUAAUGCCCGGAUCAUGGUGCACCAGCCCUCUGGAGGUGUUAGGGGGCAAGCAACAGAUAUUGCCAUCCAGGCAGAGGAGAUUCUUAAGCUAAAAAGACAGAUCAACAACAUCUAUUCCAAACACACAGGACAGCCUUUGGAGACUAUAGAGGGCGUGAUGGAGAGAGAUCGGUACAUGAGUCCAGUGGAAGCGCAGGAUUUCGGGAUCAUAGACAAGGUCUUGGUUCAUCCUCCACAGGCUGGGCAAGAUGAGCCAGAACUUGUUCAGAAAGAACCCACCAGCUCUGCAAGCGCCUCCACUACCCCUCAACCUCAGGCCUCUGAGCCAGGCCAGCCUGGCAGCAACCCUACCUCCUCCUACAAACCUGAACCCUGAAAUAGACUCCAGACAGGAGCGAGUAAACAACUGUUCUAGUGGUUCAGACUGUCUCUGUUGGGAGAUAUUUGAGGGGACAGUCACCAGCUCACACACCACAUCUGAACCCAGUGACCUUCCUUUUUGUAUUUGACAUUUUUUGGAAAGUCUCACUAAGUGGACUUCUGAGACACAGCACUGGAAUCUGGACAUUACAGGUGCAUGUGUAGAGAAGUGUGGAACUCAAAUUUGUAUACUGCAUAGAAAAAUAUCUCUAGAAAGACAUUAGGUUAAUUGUAAACAAACUGGAUGGCAUCACAAGAUACAGUACAGCAUUUGAUGUCUUUAUAUUCUGUGGAUGAGGUGUGUUACCAUGCCACAUAAUAUACUUUUGGUUGUAAAUGUGCCUCGUUUAAAUAUAAUCCCUGUCAAGCAAGAUUUUUGUAGAUGAUGUAUCAAAUAAAUAAUUAGGAAAAAAUUGUUGGUUUUCCUU